AUGGAUGAUGAUCAAGAUUUCAACUACAAGAAACCAGCAGAUACUUGUAAGCAAACAGUGAGAAAUUCCUUGAUCUCAAAUGAAGCCUCCUCAUCUGCAUCAAAUUCAUCAGUAGGGUUAAGAAUACUCAUUCACAACCAUUCUACCUCUCCUCAAGAAUCAAAGAACACAGUCUUAGUCAAACACACUUUCAAACUGAGUCUUCUAGCCUCAACAUAUUCUCAAGAAUCAAGUUUUUUGAGAUCAUGUUGUCUGUGCAAGAAAAAGUUAAGUCCUGAAAAGAAUGUGUACAUGUACAUGGGUGAUCAAGGCUUUUGCAGCGUCGACUGCCGGUCUAGGCAGAUUGUGAAGGAUGAAAUAAGAGAAAUCGAAAUAUCAACCAAGAAAAUAUUGUCAUCAUCUCCUUGUUGUCCCAAGAAUGUAAGAAUUCAUCUUCCAUCUCAUCGGAAUCGAAUUCCAGUUGCAGCAUAG